AUGAACAACACUCUGGUGGAUCUCGAUCAGGAGGCAUCUAUUGACGACGGCGGCGAUCAAGACAUGAAAAAGGUCUCGUCCAGCGGCGACGGCAACGAUCCGUCUCUCGAGCGACAGGACGAGGGUCUCAAAGUUGAUCUCCCAAAGGUCACUGUCUACAAAAUCGACAACGCCGGGACGGUUCCGUGGAAGAACGGUCUCGGCGAGACUCUCGAGGUUGCCAUCUAUCCGCCCAAGCGCCAGUUUGAGAAGGAUCAGUUCCUGUGGCGACUGUCUUUGAGUACCGUACGCGACAACUGCUCGCUCUCGGUGCUUCCUGGCUACGAUAUGGCUCUGGUUCUGCUCCCUGGCGAGGAUUACAUCGCCCAUACCAAGACACCGAUCAGUGCGCCGGCCGUUUUGCACCACAAUGACCAGGAGACAGCCUUUCCACUCAAGCCGUUGGUACCAUACACCUACAACGGCUCCUGGCCCACGGCCUGCCACGUCAAAUCCUCGCCGCUGAAGCUGCUUACGUUCAUGGCCAAUCGCAAGUACACACAGGUGUCGGUCAGCCUCGAGACCAUCUGCCCGCACGGUCUGAGCGACGACGGCAUCUGCAACGAGAACCACAACUUUACUCCGACGCCGCAAAGCCGCCAUCGCUCGUCCUCCCGCUCUCGCGGCAGCGACGACGAAACCGCCAAUCCAACCAGCAAGAUCCUCCUUGGCGCCUUCACCAUCGUCUAUGUCAUCAGCGGCGGCAUCAAGGUCAAACUCGACGGCGACAUCUGCGAGCGCACGAUCCUGCCUGGCGAAACUCUGACGUGCGAGCGCCACGACGAGUCCGAUCCAACGGGAUUUGCCAUGACACCCUUGAAUAAGGCUGAUCUGGACGAGGCAAAGCCGCGGCACUUUGAGGGCAUGCUUCCUGUCCCGGGGCAAGACAAGCCGUCGAGGAAAGGACACCAAGAUGCCACGGUUCUGAUCAUCCAAGCCGAUAUCCGCCGUCCUCGCCGCGACUCCAUCACCAGCGAGCCGCAGCGGCCACCGAUCCACCGCAAGGGCUCCAUCAUUGUCUUUGAUGAUCAGCCUGCCUGGGGCUUUGGCAAGGAUCUCGACUCCACCCACAGCAUUUCGGAUCUCAACGAGGCCUCAUCGAUCCUGCCGCUCAUGUAUUGGGAUAGUGCCCGUCACUAUCGCCCACCCGUGUUCAGCGCCAGAUUCCAGAACGAGAGCGAAGUGCCUCCGCCGACGGUGCGCGACUCUUUGGCAAUCUCCGAGUUUCCGACCGGCAAAAUCAGCACGCUCUGGAUCAACAUGGUCAAGCAAGGCCUGUCCGAGUGGCUCCGGGUGCCCGUCAUCAUUGCGCGAGGCAGCGAAGAAGGACCCGUAGUGGGAAUCACGGCAGUUGUUCACGGCAACGAGCUCAACGGUGUGCCUUGCAUCCAUCGAGUCAUCACCGACAUUGAUGUUUACAAGCUGAAGGGCACCGUUGUGGCCGUUCCCUGCGUGAAUGUCCCGGGCUAUCUGCGCUUCACUCGCGAGUUCAGCGACGGCAAGGACCUCAACCGCCUGUUCCCUGGCAACGAGAACGGCACCGCCAGCCAGAUUUACGCACACAUGCUCAUCACAAAGAUCAUCAACCACUUUGACUUUUUGAUCGACCUGCACACCGCCAGCUUUGGUCGGAUCAACUCAUACUAUGUACGAAGUGACAUGAACGACCCCGUCAGUGCCAUCAUGGCAAAGCUGCAGCAACCGCAAAUCAUUCUUCACAACAGUGGCCAAGACGGCACCCUUCGAUCGGCUGCAAGCUCCCGCGGUAUCAAGGCCAUCACGGUCGAAAUCGGCAACCCACAGCUGCUCCAGAACCAGUACGUGCAGUGGUCGUACAUGGGUGUCAUGCGCAUUCUGUCCUAUCUCAACAUGUUCAAAUCCGACGGAAUCAACGCCAACUCCGCCGAAGGCGCGGUGAUCCCGCCACCGCCCAACACCAUCAUAUGUUCGCGCGGCUUUUGGAUCUACACUAAAACGGGAGGGGUGCUCGAGGUGUAUCCGUCGGUCAACACGGUCGUGCGCAAGGGCGACCUCAUUGCUCGGAUCAAGAAUAUCUUUGGCAACAUCGUGGACGAGAUUUACUCGCCGAGUCACGGAGUGACAAUCGGACGCAGCUCCAAUCCGGUGGCGAUGGCGGGAGAUCGCAUCCUGCACUUGGGCGUCAUCAAGAAGGACAACGAGGUCCUCCCCACGGUCGCCAAGGAGAACUACUGA